CGCACACAGAUAUUUCCCCUUCCCCUUCCCCUUCCAUGCCUGGGCCUGGCCUCCUCAAUCCUCCCCUCUUCUCCCACGCCUCCCUAUCCAGUAUCCAUCCACUCCCACCGCCGCGCGUCUCCCAACCCGCCCCUAAAACCCUAGCUAAACCCCAGCCACUCCCCAAUGCCUCUCCUCCUCGCUUGAGCGCGCGCCCUCCUGCCGGCCCUUCGACCAUGGCGCUCCAGCUCCGCCUCCUCCUCCCGCACGGUUACACCCACCGCGCCGUCACCCACGCGCUCACGCCGCCGCGUGCUCCCGCAGUGAUUCAAUUUGGGGCAUCUCAGAGAUAUUUUUGCACCUUUGUGCCUUUUUCCCCGUUCCGUCCUUGUCAAGUGUGUGGAGUUGCACUCAGGAGUAAUUCAGCAAGGCAAAUAUCUUCAGGAGUUAGUUCCCGGGUUGCCCUACAGCUCAAAAGUAGUGCCUUUUUUACUACUGGGCUUUUGGCCAAGAGUAGUUCUGUAUGUUUCAGAGCCACAGAUAGCUGCAGGAUUGCUUUAAAGGCUAAUAAUAUUGGUAAUUCGCGGCCCUUCUCAACUGCAUGCAAUAAAAGGCUAAGGUUUCUCAUUAGAAAUAAGAGUUCAUUUGGUAAUCCAAAUAUGAGAAGGGAAGAUGGAGGUGUUGCACAUAGUUUGUUUCACAGAUCUGAGAAACGACAAAGCACAUUAGCUGCGUGUAGCACCAUCACUGAUGGGGCUUUGACAUCAACUAGCGACAGCAGCACGAGUGUUGCUGAUACUAAGAGGGACACUGCCAAGAGGAAGAGCUCUGCAGGCAGCAAAAAAGAAGUUAGUGCAGAUGUGAAAGAAAAGAAAGUACCUACCAAGAAAAAGAGGAAAUAUGCUAGAACUAGGAAAGCUGCAGCAAAGACAACUGAGGAAAUCAAUAUGAACCAAGAAGACAAGAAGGCUGACACUUCUAAAUCAAAAAAGGGUGUUGAUAGUUCUAAAGAGAAAAAAAUAAAUAACAGGCCGAAGUCAAAAGCAAAGGAUGCCACUGCUUCUACUGUGCCUGCUGAAGCUGAGAUUUGUAUGAAGACCUCUGUUGAUGAUUCUGGUAGUGAGAGAAAGCCACUUAUGCCUCUUUAUCCUCCCACAGCCAAAUCAGUUGUUGUUGUGGAAUCAGUCACGAAAGCAAAAGUUAUUCAAAAGUACCUUGGGGAUAUGUAUGAAGUGUUACCAAGCUAUGGUCACGUGAGAGAUUUAGCAGGUAGAUCAAGAUCUGUUCGCCCUGAUGAUGACUUCAGCAUGGUCUGGGAGGUGCCUGCUGCUGCCUGGACUCAUCUUAAGAGCAUUAAAGUAGCACUGAAAGGAGCAGAAAAUUUAAUUCUUGCAUCUGAUCCUGACCGUGAAGGUGAAGCAAUUGCUUGGCACAUCAAAGAAAUGCUUGAACAGCAAGACGCGUUGGGCCGUGAUGUCACUGUUGCAAGAGUUGUUUUCCAUGAAAUAACGGAGGGUGCUAUUAAAAAGGCUUUAAUGUCCCCAAGAUAUAUUGAUAUGAACUUAGUUAAUGCCUAUCUUGCACGCCGUUCUCUUGAUUAUCUGAUUGGGUUCGGCAUAUCACCACUUCUCUGGAGGAAGUUGCCUGGUUGCCAGUCAGCUGGACGAGUCCAAUCUGCAGCUUUGGCUCUUGUGUGUGAUCGGGAAACUGAAAUAGAGCAAUUUAAGCCACAAGAGUAUUGGACAGUACAGACAGACUUCAAAACCCAAUUUGCAGACCCUUCAAAUGGCACAUGCAUUUCAUCCCGGAUAAAGCAUCUGAAUUCAAAAAAGUUGGAUCAACUUUCCAUUUGUUCUCAAGAAGAAGCUCAAGCUAUAGAAAAGAGGAUUCAUUCUUCUCAGUUUGAAGUUAUAGGUGUUAAAAGAAGUAAAAUUCACAAGAAUCCUCUGAUGCCAUAUAUUACAUCCAGCCUUCAGCAGGAUGCGGCAAACAAACUACAUUUUACUGCUGGGUAUACCAUGAAGGUUGCCCAAAAGCUUUAUGAGGGUAUCAGCCUUUCCUCAGAAGAAGCAACUGGGUUAAUAACGUACAUAAGAACAGAUGGGUUCCAUAUUUCUGAUGGAGCUGCAGAAGAUAUCCGUUCAUUAGUCAAAGAAAGAUAUGGUCAGGAGUACACUUCAGAGGACAUAAGGAAGUAUUUAAAGAAGGUGAAAAAUGCUCAAGAAGCCCAUGAGGCCAUAAGGCCCACCAGUAUAAGGAGGUUACCAUCAUCUUUGGUUGGAAUACUUGAUGAUGAUUCUUUGAAACUGUACACUCUAAUAUGGAAAAGAACGAUGGCUUGCCAAAUGGAAGCUUCCAUAACUGAGAUGAUUCAAGUUGAUAUUGGUACUCCUGAAGGAGACAUGGUUUUUCAUUCGGCUGCAUCAAGACUCGACUUCAAGGGAUACCAAGCUGUCUAUGAGGGCACUGAGGGAAGUCCAUCCAGGGACAAUUCCGAGGGAGAUGCUGUGCAUGAUGAUAAUUUUGAGGGCUUGUGCAAAUUAGAGGUUAAGGACUUGGUAUCUCCAGUUAGCGUGCAUCUUGCGCAGCACUUUACUAAGCCACCAUCACGUUAUUCUGAGGGUGCUUUGAUUAAAAAGCUAGAAGAACUUGGAAUUGGAAGGCCAUCUACUUACGCAUCUAUAAUGAAGGUGUUGCAGGACCGGAACUACGUGACAAUAAAAAAUCGAGUUCUGCACCCUGAGUUCCGUGGUCGAAUGGCCUCAGCAUUUCUUUUGCAUCAUUUCACUGAGGUCGCUGAUUACAGCUUUACUGCUAACAUGGAGACAGAGCUAGACAAUGUCUCUGCUGGUUCAACUGAAUGGAAGGGCCUUAUGAAAGAUUACUGGGAACGAUUCAGCAAAUAUUGUGCAGAUGCUAGUCAAUUGGAUGUCAGAAAGGUAGAGAGAAUGCUUGAAGAAAAAUUCGGUUCUAUCCUCUUUCCUGAUCUUGACAGUGAUAGUAGGAUUUGCCCAAGUUGUUCUGAAGGAACCCUGAGAUUCAAAGUUAGUAGGUACGGUGAAGGCUAUUUUAUAGGCUGUGAUCGACAUCCUAAAUGCAAGUACAUUGCUCGCACAUUGUCACAGGAAGACGAUGAGCAGGAAGCCUCCGAGGAAACUCAGAUGUCUUUUACACCCAGGUUACUUGGUGUCAUGCCAGAUUCCGGUGAAAAGGUGUUUCUGAAACAAGGUCCAUAUGGUUACUACGUCCAGGUUGGAGAGGAUAAAAAAAGACUGUCUCCGAAAAGGGCUUCGCUUUCAGAGGUCAAAGAUAUAGACUCUGUCACUAUAGAAGAUGCAAUUGAGCUAUUACAGUAUCCCAAAAUUCUGGGAAAACAUCCUGAUGAUGAUCAUCCUGUACUUAUGACACAUUCUAAAGCUGGAUAUAACGUCAGGCAUAGGACAACUCUUGCUCCAGUACCAAAGAAUACAGACCCGAAGAAGAUUACGCUUGAGCGUGCGCUGAAGCUUCUGACGGGUAAAAACGUCAAAAAGUUUGGUCGACCAAAGGGGAAAGCUAAAAAGCAUGAACCAAUUGAAUGGCAUUAGCUGAGCACUUGCUUGUUACAAAAUCCAAACAUGCGUGGUUGACAGUCAGCCGAGCUUUAUAUCCAUGCACAAAAUUCAGAGUCGGUUUGCAUCAAGUUCGGCCUUCGGUGUGCAUUCUAAUGAUAGCAGUGAGGGCUCUAUGCGUGAAGGGCUGCUGGUCAACAAUCAUAUGGAACUGGUGCUCACAAGCUGGUGCCGUCGAUUUGCUAUUUACCGCUAGAUUUCUCCAUAUUGGCCACAGGAGGAUACAUAAGCAUACAAUUGCGACUCAUCUCUUCAUUUCACUAUUUUCGUGUAUAGAACACAUGAACACAAGUUAGAAGAUUAUACAACCAUAGCUCUUUUCUUUUUUGCCAUUGCAGUUUAAAUUGAACUUAAACUGCUAAUGUUGUCAUAAAGAUCAGAGGGUGGAUUGAACUUUUUUUUAUCCCAUUGCAACAUCCCCUGUUCUUUCAGGGUGAAUGAUGUAACAUUUUUUGGAAAAGAAUUUUUAUUAUCGAUUGGAAGCAGUGUUACUAUGAGAAAA